AUGCUUAACUGUCACCCGCCAGUGAUUAGUAGGGCUCCUGCAGACGCAGAAUGGAAGUCCGCGCUGAGACUCGACCGUUCAUGGACCGACCCCUCUCGAGAUACAAUCCACUUAAAUUGGAUACCUUUCCUGGAGCCUCAAUUCUCAUACUGCGGCCUUCGAGGAAGUGCGCUCGAUUAUCUCGCAUGGAAUGCUUCCCAGGCCCAGGGCGGCUCUUUCAUGUUCAACUAUCUUGAGAGUAACUUCGAUGGAGACGUUCAUAUAGAGGAGAGGAUUGGAGCCCUUCAGAAUCUUCGGCAUGGAGCCGUGAUUAUGCGUAUUAUUGUGGUACAUACUACAAUAGAGAAUGGCGCAAAGGCAGGACUGUUUGGACUGCUUGGUGAUGCACCUAUUCAGAUUGUCGAUGUAUCCAAAACACAGCGACUGGAUGCUUUUUUUGAUCUUGCAGAGGCGUGUGAGUCUACGCCAAACUUCGCCACUACCAGACAAGACUUUCAAAGAGGCUCUCCGGAAUUAUACAAAGCCACCUUAAAGAAGAAGUUCGUCGACACGUUUCAAUCUCAAGGUGCUGAAACGCUAUCCUCGCUUUAUCCCGCCAUCAUGUUCAGACUUUGCCCAAGUCUUUGCAGCCAUCAGUUUGAAGGCUAUAAAUAG